AUGAUACCACUAUUUCUUCGACUAGCCAUCGUAUGGCUUGCUUGGUCUACCGGUCGCAUGCUUCCAUGCAUUGUUCUUCUCAAACUCAUCGUUGGCGCAGCACAGCCGGGAACAUAUUCAUUGAAUUCAUGGUAUUUUUUGCGUAAAUUCUGGCUUCGUCAACUUGUCGUCCGAUCAUUAGCAUUCUCAUUUGUAUCCAAUUUCGGUUUCUAUCAUACACUAUUUCCUCGUCUUUUGCAAUGGCUAGGUGUUCGAAUCGACGAAACGAAUGAUAUUCGUAUUUCUCAAGCUCAUUUUCUACUUGCUUUCCCAACGAAUCUCGUUCAGCUUGAACCAGGCAGCACAGUGAACGGAUUCGCAUUAUUUAUUCCAUUCACUGUGACGAGAGAUGGUCAAUGUAAAGUCAAUCAUAUUCGAAUCGGACGCAAUGCUCAACUUGGAAAUCAUUGCACUAUUCAGCCCGGUGCGAAUAUCGCUGAGCGAACGCUUGUUGGAACAAUGACGCGCAUCGAUGAAGAGACGAGCACUACGAUUAAUGAUGAUGAUAGCUCUGGCAGUAUUGUACUUGGAAUUCCAGGUGGAACACAAUGGUUGAUCAUUCUUUUGCGUCGUCUCAAGGCGAACAUUGGUCGAGAUGUAAUUAUCGGUGAGAUGAAUGCAGUUGAAGAUUGGAAACAUGUCACUAUUGGAUCACAUGUUCGUUUAAGCACAACAGCCAAAAUUCAGUGUCACACAGAUGAAGGUCGAAUACAUCAGUUAGCUCCUGUCACUAUUGGGCCCUAUUCGCGUCUGUUCCAUUGGGCAUUCGUUUUUCCAGGAGCACAUGCCCAGGGCAACAACACAAUUCAUCCGUUAACACUCAUUAUGAAAGAUGAUCAAUUACCGAAGAAUACAGAAUGGAGAGGCUGUCCAGCAACAUGA